AUGGCGACAAUUAAGCAGCGCCUCGCCCUCUCCUUCAUCAACUUUCUCACUACAAGUCUUGCCGAUGGCACACUCAGCGAGGAAGAUAGAGAAUCAGUUGAAGUAGCGCAAACAUGUAUUUCCGACAUCUUCAAAGUAGAGUCAACCGAAAGCGCACCCAAAGACUCAGAGUCCCUACUACAAAUUUAUUCUGUGUACGAAAAACUUAAGAGCAAAACACCGAACAAUGCUUCGAAGGAUACGGCAACUCCAAUAACCACCUCAACCCCCAGUGAUGAUAAAAAAAAAGAAGCAGAGAAGUUGAAAUCACAGGGAAAUACAUCAAUGGCCAACAAAGAAUAUGACACAGCCAUCGAUCAAUACACAAAAGCCCUUGCACUUGUACCUGGAAAUCCCAUCUUCCUUUCUAAUCGUGCAGCUGCUUACAGUGCAUCUAAAGAUCAUGAAGCAGCACGUGCCGAUGCUGAAGCAGCUGUCGCAGCUGAUCCUACAUAUACUAAGGCCUGGUCUCGACUUGGGUUUGCACGUUUUGCUCUCGGUGAUGCGAAAGGCUCCAAAGAAGCCUAUGCCAAAGGAAUAGAGUAUGAGGGAAAUGGGGGUAGUGAAGCCAUGAAGAAAGGAUUUGAGACUGCCUCAAAACGUGUUGCUGAUCUCGAGAUAGACGAAAAGACUGAAGCCGAUGAUACCGUCACGGAUCGUGGUAACUCUAACGUAGGCUCAGGAGGAAUGCCAGAUCUCUCCUCUCUUGCUGGUAUGUUUGGUCGAGGAGGCGGCGGUGGCGGUAUGCCUGAUCUCAGCUCUAUCAUGAGCAAUCCCAUGUUUGCAAGUAUGGCUCAAAAUCUCAUGAGUAACCCGGAAAUGUUGGGUAAUCUCAUGAAUAAUCCACGUCUCGCUGAGCUCGCCGGUCAGAUGAGCGGCGGAGGCGGAAGUGGCGGCACCCCAGACCUCAGCAGCAUAUUGCAAGAUCCUAAUAUCGCAGAAAUGGCGAAGAAAUUCAUGGGUGGUGCGGGACGAGGCAAUUGA